AUGGCCAAGAAGAUCUAUUCUGAGAUGAGGAGACAACUCAAGAGAGAGCUUGGUUUCGGCGAGUCUCUAUCGGCUUCUUCCGAUGCGGAGCAUGAAAAUGAGGAAAAGGACGCAAGCGCGGAAAAGCUGAAGGGGGCCGAACUCCCAGCAUUGGCCGGCUACCAGGGGCCUGAGCCAAGCGGAUAUGACAGUGCUCCCCCGGCACCUGAACCAACUACCGUACACCCUGAUAGCGGAUAUGGUGGAGAGGAGACUACGGUAGCUGAGACGACCAUCGCCCCCGUCACCCUCCCAGCCCACAUCCGGACCAUUGUCGCCAAUUUUGCCAAGCAGAUGGAGAAACAGGCCAAGAAAACUCGAGCUGAGGCUUCCGGUCAGGCUACCACUCCCAAGGAGUUCAGCUUUGAUGGAUCGGCUGAUCGCACAACCCCGGCAACCCCCUCUGAUGGCUACGAUACCGUAACCCAAGGAUAUGAAGAACCAACCGAGGAGAAGCCGAGGAAUGGAGGAGGAGCACAAGGAGCCUAUGGAGGUUACUCGGCCUCCCACGGCGCUCCGGUAGCUCAUGCUCCCCAGGGCACAGUCAGCCGUCAACUCGUUGUCCGCCAACGAUCCCUCUCUGGUGGCCAUCAGAAACAGAGGGUAUUCAUCGAUUAUGGAGACAAUGGAAGGCCGCAGAUUUAUGCCAAACAGGAUCAGUCACCCACCAGCAUUCAGGAUAAAGCCUCCGGAGAGCAAGAAGAAGAGGAAUACCCGAAGAGACGAGGCGCCCGUUUCGUCCCAUUCCAUCAGUUUUACUGCCGAACAGCUAAAAUCCUGGGGCCAGCUGUCGAGACCCGUCAAAUCCAGGGAUCUACACGAAUUAUGGACUGGUACCUCUUUAAAAGCCAUGCCUCGUAUCCCAUUCUGACCGUUCACGAAUUCACACGACUGUUUAUAAGAUACGGAUUUGUGCUUGUGGAUGGGGUGGCUGGGACGGCUGAGGCCACCGAAAAGCUCUGCCGGGAAUUAGGCGUGAUCCACGAUACAUUUUUCCGGUGCAUUUGGGUGUUCAGCAAUAAGAGCCACGAGAGGACCGAUACGGAAGAAUUCCACGAGGAUACGGCGUACAGUGCUGAGGGAAUCGGUCCGCAUACUGAUGGCACCUAUUUUCAUCAAUCUCCUGGGAUCCAGGUAUUCCACUGCCUCCAACCAGCCCCAAUCGGAGGAGAAACGCUAUUGGUUGAUGCUUUUGCAGCAGCAGAUCACCUCAAAGCCAAUGACCCAAUUGCCUUCCAUACUCUAACUACACAGUGUAUUGAUCAUCAAUACCUAGAGGGCAUGGGCAGCAGUGGUAGUCGACAAUUGAUCACGAGAGAUUUGCCAGUGAUAGAGCUCGAUACAGAUGGAAACUAUCGACAAAUACGGUUCAACCCCUAUGAUCGUGCGCCAUUCAAAUCCCUAUCGGCCAGUGAAGAAGACGCAGAAAAAGUGGUGGAAUUUUACAGGGCGUACGAAGCAUAUUCCCUUCUCACCCUCUCUCCCUCUCGCUCUCUGCGUAUCUCUCUCCAACCGGGUACCGUCAUAUUUAUCGACAAUUUCCGGUUGCUCCAUGCUAGGACCGAAUUUCAGGGUGAUCGUACGAUGUGUGGUUGUUAUAUGUCUCGAGAUGAUAUUCUGGCAAAAGGACGCCCAUUUAUUCUACCGGAAGAUAGGCGAAGAUUGUAU